GGCGGGUAUAAAAAGUGGAUGCAGCUCACUGGUGUCACUUCCUCUCACAGAGAUCUCCUUAUAGACGUACUGUGAGAAAUCAUUUGUCUUCUACACCUUUUUUUUUUAACACAAAAAGAAAACGAAAUCAGCAAAAUGAGAGAGUGUAUCUCCAUCCACGUUGGUCAGGCUGGCGUCCAGAUGGGCAACACCUGCUGGGAGCUGUACUGCCUGGAGCACGGCAUCCAACAGGACGGACACAUGGAUGGCGACAAGACCAGCGGAGGUUACGACGACUCCUUCACCACCUUCUUCAGUGAGACCGGCACCGGGAAGUAUGUGCCCAGAGCCAUCUUUGUGGACCUGGAGCCCACUGUCAUUGACGAGGUUCGUACGGGUUCCUACCGCCAGCUUUUCCACCCAGAGCAGUUGAUCUCCGGGAAGGAGGACGCUGCCAAUAACUACGCUCGGGGUCACUAUACUGUUGGGAAGGAACACAUCGAUGCCGUGCUUGACAGGAUCCGCAAGCUGGCUGACCAGUGCACUGGUCUGCAAGGAUUCCUGGUUUUCCACUCUUUCGGAGGAGGUACCGGCUCUGGCUUCACCUCCCUGCUGAUGGAGCGUCUCUCGGUCGACUAUGGCAAAAAGUCCAAACUUGAAUUUGCCAUUUAUCCAGCACCUCAGGUGUCCACAGCUGUGGUGGAGCCCUACAACUCCAUCCUGACCACCCACACCACCCUGGAGCACUCCGACUGUGCCUUCAUGGUGGACAAUGAGGCCAUCUACGACAUCUGUCGCAGAAACCUGGACAUUGAGCGCCCAUCAUACACCAACCUGAAUCGCCUCAUUAGUCAGAUUGUCUCGUCCAUCACCGCCUCGCUGCGCUUUGAUGGAGCCUUGAACGUGGAUCUGACAGAGUUCCAGACCAACUUGGUGCCCUAUCCUCGAAUCCACUUCCCUCUGGCCACCUACGCCCCAGUGAUCUCAGCAGAGAAGGCCUAUCACGAGCAGCUGUCGGUGGCUGAGAUCACCAACGCUUGCUUUGAACCCGCCAACCAGAUGGUCAAAUGUGACCCCCGUCACGGCAAGUACAUGGCGUGCUGCAUGCUGUACCGAGGUGACGUGGUGCCCAAAGACGUAAACGUGGCAAUCAGUGCUAUCAAAACCAAGCGUUCCAUCCAGUUUGUGGACUGGUGCCCGACUGGGUUCAAGGUUGGCAUCAACUACCAGCCUCCAACCGUGGUUCCAGGAGGAGACCUGGCCAAGGUGCAGAGGGCAGUGUGCAUGCUGAGCAACACCACCGCCAUCGCCGAGGCCUGGGCCCGACUGGACCACAAGUUCGACCUCAUGUACGCCAAGAGGGCCUUCGUCCACUGGUACGUCGGUGAGGGAAUGGAGGAGGGCGAGUUCUCUGAGGCCCGUGAGGACAUGGCUGCCCUGGAGAAGGAUUAUGAAGAAGUGGGGAUCGACUCAUUGGAGGGAGAUGAAGAUGGGGAGGAGUAUUAAAUAAAAGUGUGUUCGAAGAAGAGAGAAAACUUUUUCCAGGAAAGUUUUCAAUGCUGUCAAGUUGAUUGUUCUGAACACCUAUUUCGUAAUAAAGCUGUUCCCCUCGAUUCUUAUUAUUCAUAUUAUUUUCUAAUUAUGCAGUUUAAAUGCUUUAAACCACUUAGCCUUUUCUAAUUAAAAAUUGAUGUAUAUCGCCGGAGGAGUUUGCUUGGAAAUGAAUGAUAAAUUAAAAAAU